AUGACGAUGAUGGAAGCUGCGGCUCAAAUCCAGAUAAUUUCUUUGAUCCUCCAUAUAUUAUACAAGGCCACUGCCAAUGCUCAUUUAAUAGCCAAGGAACUGCUCAUUGCUCAGCAUUUGCCUGGAGAUCCAGCGUCUGUUCAGUAUAAUAAGACCCGGACUAAGUGGGUAGAAAGCAAAGAUAUCUUAAAAUGCAAUACUGUUGCAAGAACAGACAGAAAUUGCGUGAAAAUUUAUUGGAGUGCUAAAGAUUAUAAUGCUUUUGUUUACUAUCAAUUUCAGUUAGAUAUGUUCAAUGCCAUUAUUGGAGCUGAAGAUUGUGUGUUGGAGACUCGAGCAAAAAAUUGGUUAGAAGCAAAAAAUGCUUUUGAUGGGCAUGGUAAUAAUGAUGAUGACAGUGGUGGAAAUUCAGAUUCAGGAGCAUUUGCUUUAAAGAUAUCGAUUUUGAUUGCUGUUUGCAAUCUCUUAAGCUAA